AUGGCUCCUUCAGUAGAGGUGCCUGUGCCGUCUAGUGCCCCAGAAAACGGCACCAUACAGUCACAAACGACAAACGUGCCUUUGAAAGCUCCAGAACCAGAACACUGUCCAGGUCCAGAAUCAGAAAACGCUGGUAAAGGAGACGCCUGUAACGGAUGUGCCAAUCAGAGUAUAUGUGAGUCGCUUCCGAAGGGCCCGGAUCCAGAUAUUCCGGCGAUUACCGAAAGGCUUCUGAAUAUUCAGCAUAAGAUCCUUGUGCUUUCGGGCAAAGGAGGAGUGGGUAAGUCUACCUUUUCAUCUAUGUUAGCAUGGGCUCUUGCUGCAGACGAAGAGCUCGAAGUGGGCGCUAUGGAUCUAGAUAUUUGUGGUCCUUCGCUUCCACGUAUGCUUGGAGCAGAAGGUGAGAGCAUCCAUCAGUCUAACUCAGGCUGGUCUCCAGUGUAUGUUGCAGACAAUCUUGGACUUAUGUCCAUUUCUUUCAUGCUUCCUGACCCCGACCUGGCGAUUAUUUGGCGUGGUAACAAGAAAAAUGGUCUCAUUAAGCAGUUUCUCAAAGAUGUCAACUGGGGUGACCAUCUAGACUACCUUAUCGUGGAUACACCUCCCGGUACAAGUGACGAGCAUCUUUCCGUGGCUCUCUUGGAUGUCAGGAAAGAGAUAAACUUUUGCCGCAAGGCCAACAUCAAGAUCCUCGGCCUUGUGGAGAACAUGUCCGGGUUCGUGUGCCCCGGCUGUCGUGGCGAGCUGAAAAUCUUUAGGCCUACAACUGGUGGUGGAGAGCAGCUUUGCAAAGACAUGAACAUUCCAUUUUUGGGCUCUGUGCCGCUUGACCCCAGAAUUGGUCGAGCCUGUGAUAGCGGCGAGUGUUUCUUCGAUGACUACGCUGACUCGCCCGCCUCGACGGCCAUUUUGGAUGUGGUGGAGAGGCUUCAGGACCAGGUUGACCAAUUGGAGGUGAACCUUAACAAGCUCAAUAUUGCCUAG